AUGGAUUUUGAUGAGCGCGUGCCCUGCUCGUCUAACAUGUAUUUGCCCAGUUGUACUUACUACGUCUCGGGUCCUGACUUCUCGAGCCUCCCUUCUUUUUUGCCCCAAACCCCGUCUUCUCGCCCCAUGACAUAUUCCUACUCGUCCAACCUCCCCCAGGUCCAACCUGUUAGAGAAGUGACCUUCCGGGAGUAUGCCAUUGAGCCCUCCAGUAAAUGGCACCCCCGGCCCAACCUGCCCCACUGCUAUUCGGCAGAGGAGCUCAUGCACAGGGACUGCCUGCCCGCCUCCGGCAGCGCGAGCGUGGGCGACAUGCUGGCCAAGAACUCCGCCAACGUCUACCACCACCCCGGCACCACGGGCACCUCGUCCAAUUUCUAUAGCACGGUGGGCAGGAAUGGGGUCCUGCCCCAGGCUUUCGACCAGUUUUUCGAGACUGCCUACGGCCCCCCGGACAACCUGACCGCCGCCUCCUCCUCCGACUACCCGGGGGACAAGGGCGCGGACAAAAUGCCCCCGGCGGCUGGGGCGGCGGCGGCUGCUGCCUCCGCCCCUCCAACUUCAAGUUCGGAUGCCGCCGGUGGCGGCGGCUGCGGCAGGGAGAAUGCGGCGGCAGCGGCGGCGGCAGCCGCCGCCGCCGCAGCCGAAGACAAGGAAAGGCGCCGGCGGACUGAAAGCAGCAGCAGCCCCGAGUCAUCUUCCGGCAACAAUGAGGACAAAUCCAGCGGCUCCAGUGGCCAGCGGACCCGGAAAAAACGGUGCCCGUACACAAAAUACCAGAUUCGGGAACUAGAGAGAGAAUUCUUCUUCAGUGUCUACAUUAACAAGGAGAAGCGACUGCAGCUCUCUCGCAUGCUCAACCUGACCGAUCGCCAAGUGAAAAUCUGGUUUCAGAACAGACGCAUGAAAGAAAAAAAAAUUAACAGAGACCGGUUACAGUACUACUCCGCCAACCCGCUGCUCUAAGAGUGGGUCCCGCCUUGGGGGGGUCGUGGGGCUUUUUUUUUUUCAAGAGGAGAUUAAACUCAGAUUUCGUCCUUGACAAGGUCAAGCCGCACGGUGACUUUCUGGAGGAAGGUGUGGAACUGAGGGAUCGAGGGAACUGGAGCGUGCACAUGCCAGAACAGCGCCUUGGACCCUCGGUGGGGUUCUGGCCUUAGUAUGGAGGAUAAUGGGAUUUUCCUAUUCCCAUAUCAACUUGAAUCCAUCCCAUUGGGACCCCUGUGGCCCCGACUCGGGGUAUUUCAACCACCCCACGCCCCAGGGCGGAGCUUUUACCUCUUACUGUGACAGACCCUGCACCCGGGCUAUGAGGAGACUGGUUCCUCAGUUUCCAAAGGGAGGCAUAGGACAAAGGGGGGAGGGGUCUCCACACCUAGCCGUAAGUCCCUUUGCUUGGGGCCCAGUGCAGGAUGUCUGAUCUGGGUUGGAAGGGAGUGCUCUAAGAUCCAGGACAUGCAGCAAAGACUAGUGCGAAAUCAAACAGAAAGAAACAAAACAAAACAAACAAACACAAAAACACAACAACACACCACCACGAGCAAACUGCAAACUUUGGGAGGAGGAGGGAGAAGAAGGGUUAGGGGACGGAAGAAAGGGGAUUCUUCAGUUAGAGCAGGGCCUCCGCUCCACCUUGAUGUAAAGGAAGAGAAACGACGCUCUCUCCAACAGCCGAUGCGAAAAGAGGCAUGAGAGAGGGAACACAUUGAAAAUGUUUCUGAAAGAUUCAAGUACCGGCUCACCGGAUCCCUUCUGAAAAAUAAACAAGGGCUAUCACAACAGCUCCAGCCCUCUGCCCACCUGGAGAAGGUCUGGGCUUUGUAGCGGGAAAGUAGCCGCGCUGGAGAGCCCUCCUGGGGCUCGCGCUGAGCCCCUGAACUUCAGCAAAGGACCAGAGGGAGAAGGGAGAGAAAAGACAAACUCCCCUUCCAAACUGUUGCUGACUCCCCAAACUUUCUGCAGGAAAUACCUGUGGAGAGCGAGUUUGGCAAAUCCCACCCAACACUUCAUUGAAACGUGGAUUUGUGCAAUGCACUGACAUCGGAUCAUUAAAAGCCCUUUCAUCCAGUGUUGUUUGCAAAGGUAGGGAGGGAGGCAGGAAUUCCGCAACCGGGCAGAACAGGCAGACAAUGUAAAUACUCGCGUUCUGUUUUGUCCCCUCCUCUUGUGUGUGUGUCCUACCAUUCCGUGUCCUAAAAAGCUUUGCCCGAAAUCCACCAGGAAAGGAGAGUUGUUCGCAAUUAUUUUAAAAGAGAAAUAGUCUAUAGAUAUAUAUAUAUAUAGAUAUAUAUAUAUAUUUCCCUGCAGGAACCAAAGCGAUGGAAGAAAAAUGCAAUUUAAAGAAAAAGGAAGAAUGAAAAAAAUAUUUAAGAUUCUAUAUCUGUUUACAAAAGGAGCGAUGUUCAUGGCGAGGUUAAUUUACUGGUGAGAAUU